UGGUUUUGGCUCCCGAAUUCAUCAAAACAACGAACCAGGUGUCACGACGUCAUGAUGGUCUCCAAUCGCCCCCGAGCGCCAAGAGUGCGGAUCGUCCCAGGCUACCCCGCAAACGGCCGACCUACCCCAGAAUUGCUCCCGGCUCCAAGGAAAAUGUCUUUGAGAUGCGAGGGUGUGCCCAUAAAUCGGGAAAUGCCAAUGCAGUAUCACGAGGGCUCGGUGAUAGAUUUGACCGAGAGGCUUUAAAGAGCACGACUGCUGCUUAUGCUUUUCUCCUUCCAAGGGUUUCGACCUCUUUUGUCUGACAACUACAACGAGAGCACACCCGAACGAGAGUCAAUAUGGCGACUACAACCAAUGACGUAAAGGCGGAUAUCGCUGCAAGCGAAAAUAAGCGGAUCGAGAAUCUCGGUGAGAAGACAUCGACAUCGUCCGGCGAAGUCGAAGCGCAAAGUGUCGAGCUCGACGAGAAAGAGGCGCAGCGGGUGUUGAGGAAGGUUGACAUGAGGCUGGUCCCCAUGCUGUCUUUGCUUUAUCUCGUCGCGUUCAUCGAUCGCAGCAAUAUCGGCAACGCGAAGAUUGCGGGAAUGACAAAAGAUCUAAACAUGCCUAGCAAUACGCUACAGUAUAACACGGCUGUCACGCUAUUUUUCGUCCCGUAUACGCUACUCGAAGUCCCCAGUAAUAUCGUCUUGAAGAUGAUGAGGCCCUCGCAUUGGAUGGCUAUUCUCAUGUUUAGCUGGGGUCUUGUCAUGACUCUCAUGGGCCUCGUGUCAAGCUAUCACGGGUUACUCGCUGGACGCUUCUUCUUGGGCGUGACAGAGUCGGGCUUCUUCCCAGCCGCGACAUUUUUGCUUACAAUCUGGUAUCGCCGCUUCGAACUCCAGCGCCGCAUGGCAGUCUUCUAUAUCGCUGCAUCACUCGCUGGUGCAUUCUCUGGACUGCUUGCCUACGGUAUCCAGAAGCUUGAUGGUCGAUCUGGCCUUGCUGGAUGGCAGUGGAUUUUCCUGAUUGAAGGCCUCAUCCCAAUUGCUCUCAGUCUCGUCAUCUGGAAGAUAUUGCCAGACAGCCCCGAGACAGCUAAGUUCCUUACGCAAGCGGAGCGCGAUCUACUAGUUCGACGGCUGGCGAACGAUCAUGGGUCAGGUCAAGGACAAGCAACAAACGAUGACAAGAUUACCAAACAGCACAUUCUCGCGGGUCUCUCUGAUUGGAAGAUUUGGGCAGCGACAGUCAUCUUCUGGGGUAAUACUGUUGGUGUUUACGGGUUCACUGCAACCGUCCCGUCUGUCAUCAAUGGCCUAGGAUACUCCAGCGCCAAUGCGCAGUUGCUCACAAUUCCAAUCUACGUAUUCGCUGCUAUCGUUACCCUCAUCUUUGCCUGGGCAUCCGAUCUGACCCGCAGGCGAUCUCCGUACAUUAUCGGAGGCUAUUCAAUCGCAAUUUGCGGUUUCAUCGCCCAACUCGCCAUCCCGCAUCCCGCGUACCCCGGCCUAACUUACGGCUUCCUCUUCCCCGUCGCAGCCGGUCUCUACUGCCCCUUCACCUGCCUUGUAUCCUGGAUUGGCAACUCGCUCGCUCCUAGCUCGAAGCGUGCCGUUGGUAUGGCCCUCCUCAUUAGCGUUGGAAACAUGGGUGGUAUCAUGGGCAGCAACAUCUAUCUCUCGCGCGAGGCGCCAAAGUACACGACUGGCUUUUCGGCUAGUUUGGCAAUGUGCUGCACAGCGAUCAUUAUGACGUUCGUGCUGAGGUGGGCUUAUGCGAAGGAGAACAGGCAGAGGGACCAGCUUAUUCUGGAGCAUGGAGAGGAGGCGAUUAGGGCGAGAUAUAGCGAGCAAGAGCUGUUGAUGCUUGGGGAUAAGAGCCCCUUUUUCAGGUAUACGCUAUAGAAGCUAAUCGGACAUGGCGCAUUUGCGACGGAUGUUAUUAGUGCUGUAGAUUUUCGCUUUGGGCGAAGAAGCUGAAAAGCUUAUUACGCGCUUGAAUUUUACUCCUCUGCUAUGAAGUUUAGAUACUCCCUACCUUCACGUUAGUGUUAUGACUUUUGGUUAUCAG